AAAUCCGUGAACGACGGGGAACGCUGCCUGGCGCUCACCCCCUCCCUCUCGCACGAACCCUCUCGCGUCUCCCUCUCUCGCACAAACCCUAUCGGUGGCGGCUGCUGCUCCUCCCCCUGGAUCCGCGCCCCCGGCUGCUCCUCUCCUUCAUCCUCGCCGCCGGCUGCUCCCCCCCUUCAUCCUCGCCGCCGGCUGCUCCUCUCCUCCCAUCCACGCCGCCGGAUGCUCCUCUCCCUCGUCUCCUCCUCAAUCGGCUGCGCGGCGGCGGUCUUGAAGCUGGGCGGCGAGCGAGGGGCUACUCCGGCGGCGGCCCUGAAGAUCAGCAGAUGUGAAGCAGCACCACCAGAACACAGAAAGCAGUUCAUCUUAUAAAACGUAAAAGGACUUCUUUGGAGGUUUCUAUGCAGAGAUCUCUCGCUGUUGGCAUUAAGUCUGAGAACAAUGGCAAGCGGGAUUACACUGGAACUGGUACUGUUCCAUCCUUGCAUAAGCAAGAUAGCAAGAUACUGACCAAAAAGACCAUAAAGUUGUUGGAUGCACCACCUUGUCCAAAAAGGCCAAAGCUAGAGCCAACUCAAACCACUAGAGGUGCUGAAGUUAAGGGCCAUGAAUCGCUGCCACAUAAGAUUGUUCCUGAAAUGGUACGAUGCACAGCAUCUGAAAAAUCUGGGUUGCUAAAGCAGAGGCGCAUUUCUGAUGCGAAGAGAAUUGACAAGAAGAAUGCUAGGUCUGGUGUCAGAUCUAAAUAUGAUUGUUUCACAUUAAAGUCUGGUUUAGGAAAUCAUGAUUCCAGUUUCGUGGGAAAUGGCAUGCUUGGGGCACAUGGCCUGAAAUCUGAUAUCCGUGACAUCACGAAUCACAUUGAGAACCUGACAUUGAGCGAACUUCUCGAUGGCACUUACAAAUAUUCCAGCUUAGGAAGAGAAAAAGGAAAGAAGGUACUGCACACAAAAGAUGAACUCCUAGUCUCUGUCAGAAAAGCUUUUUUUAUGCUAUCUGACAUGGACAGUAGUCCUGGAAAAGAUGGUAAUUUGACUCCUAGUCCUAGGCUGCAUUCAGCAACCACCUCAAGCUCUGAUAUCAAAGAUCAGUGUAGUGACAAACCGUCCUCUUUGAUUAAGGAUCCUUUACAAACUGAGGUCUGCAAUGUUUGCCCAAAGGACAUCCUAAGCCGUUUAACACUUCCCCAAGGACAUGAUCUUGAUUCUCUUUUAUCAGCUGGAAGCGAGAGCUCAGCUACAGGGCCUUCCAUGACAACUCAUGGAGCUAGUUUGCCACCAUUUACUUGGUCACACUCACAAGCUGGGGUUUACCGACCGAGCGUUGACUCUGGUAAACAUGGGUCAAGUAGGAGUAACUCCCAUUGGCAGUGGUUGAGAGUUGGAUCAUAUCCAACCGCUCAGGAUUACGAAGAUUUACCUGUCCAUCAAAUUGAUGAUCUUCUUCAGGAAAUGGAUAUGGCAAAGUCAUCUAUCAUUGAUUCAUGUAGCAGACAAUCUAAUUUAUGCUGCACGGAAUCAACUUCUGGAUCCCUCGGACAAACUAUUUACUCAAGAAAAACUGAAAGCGAGCAUGGUCCGCAGCAACUGCAUCCACUAGACCAUGUGGGCUCCUCAGAUAGCUUCCGGAGGAAUGACAGUGAACGUUCUCUUCUGAAAGCAUGUCAAGCAUCACGGAAGAUAUUGUGCGCAGCUGAGACCCUAUGUGAUAUGAGAAGAAGCACGGAAGGGUGGAGUCCCCAAGUAUAUAGCAAUGGGACAAUAAAUUUGCCAAAGUCACCUCCUGAUAAGGUGAAAGCCCGUAAGCCGUCAUCACCGUUUGGUACAGCUGAGAGCUCCUCGGGCUCUCGGAAUAGUGAUCCAGCUCGCAGCGGAAACCAUUCUACCAAGAAAGUGGUCGAUAGGAAGAACGAUUCUGCUGCGUGCAUGAGCAAUCCAGGGAAAGGGCUUAUUAGGUGGCCUGUUCCUAUUGAAGAUGCUGUAUCUCCUGUCAAACCCGAGAAGGGCCUUAUGCUUGAUAUGAGACAAAACCACAGCAAUGCCGCAAGGCAUCCGAUUCAUGUAUCGUCUCAGGCACGGCUUGAGAAGGAAUACGAGAACCAGCAGAAACUGAGGAAAGCAACAUUGGCCUCGUCUCUAGGAUCGGGAGACUGGAAUAAGGAGAGGAACAGGAGAUUGUGAAUUGUACAUUAUUCAUGUUGACAUCAUAGAGGCGAUAUAUUUGUCUGGGGAUUGGCGUAAACCAGGCAACUGUUUCAUAAGAGGUAACAACAUGACAUUGGGAGAUGCGUUCAUUCAGGUGGCGGAUGUAUUUAUUGGGCAUUUGUUGGUGGAAUUGGUGUAACAAGUGUAGCCUGUCUUCUUUUUACUAUUUGCCAUCUUAUCGCAUGUCUCUCACUGUCUUGGUA